AUGGCCUUGGCUAAUAUUCUCAUGAGAUAUGGGUGCUUCUGGACUCAAAAUAUUCCUCAUGCAUUUGAGGAGGUGGCACCAAUCCGAAAAGAACCACAACUUUCUGUUUUCAUCAGUUGGAUGAAUUGCACUUGGAGAGUUUUCACUUAUGUUGAACUCUUGCCACAUGACGCGGUUCCACUUCCCGCCAUCACACUGACAGCGGGCGAACAUGUGCCUGUCCCUGAGGCACACCAGUAUAUUCCUGCUGAACCCUUUGACGAUGCUCAUGGCAGUGAAAAUCCCGGGGAAAAUUCUGGCAAUGAUGAUGAACCUGGUGUUCCAGACAAUGAUUCAUGCUCUACUGCAAGUUCUAAAGCUGAGGAGGAUGGUGUUUAUGGUUAUGAUCAAAUUGUAGAGAAUAUAGCCCACUUCUAUGCUAUGCUAGAGGGGAAAUACAUUGUGCCGUCUUCUACUGUAAAUGCCUUAGCUUCCAAACUAUCUUUUCUUACUGAAAUUGUGCAAGACAAGUUAAGGAGAGAUCUAACAAAGUCUCUGACCUCUGUGGGACUUAGUGCUGAUGUCAUAACAGACGUCAUUAGAAGUGUUGUGUCAAUGGACCCCCUGUACAACUGCCAUCACAAAAAUGCUCCUGGUGAAUGUUUCCUUACAAAGGCUCUGCGGCAAACCUAUUACAAAAAUCACUUCAAAUACCAGGAGCCAGUGCAGAUAAAUCUUCGAAGAGAUCAAAAAAAUACUGAAGACACCAUCCAAUAUGUUGACAUCAAAGAAUCACUUCGACUUAUGCUUGAAGAUCCGUCUGUCCAAAAAGUUGUGGAUAGGUCAUUUAAUAUCCCUCCUUCUGAUGGCUCUGUGUAUGCAAACUACACAGAUGGGUCUGUGUAUCGUGAGAGUGGAACUCCCCAGAAGAGGAUUGAUAUUCUACUUUACAUGGACGCUUACAAUUGUGCCAAUCCAUUGGGCUCUGCGAAGAAUAAGCACAAAACAAAUGGUAUGUACAUGACCUUAGGAAAUCUAGACCCAUAUAUGAGAGCGUUUCUCAAGGCCAUGCGUUUGGUCAUGGUGCUAAAUGAAAAAGCAUUAAAAAAAACUGAUGUCAGGUACAGAAAGUGUUUUGAAGCACUUUUGAAAGAUUUAAAAAUACUAGAAAGAGAUGGCUUUCUUUAUAAAGAGGAAAGAAUUGAUGUCAGAGUCCAGUUUUUUCAAGGGGAUCAUCUUGGCCAAAAUGGCAUUGGAGGAUUUGUGGAAUCAUUCAGUGCAUCACACUAUUGUAGAUUCUGUGAUCUGUCUAAAAUUGAUUACAAAACUAAUUGCAAACUAGACAUUCCACAGUUCCCUGUUGGGAAUUGGAGGACGCCAGAAUCCUUCAAUAGAGACCUUCGCACUAAACUUAAUAGUAAUGUUGAUCAUGAGGCUGGUGUAAAGAGAAAUUCACCGUUUAAUCAACUUGACCAUUUCCAUGUAUGCGAUCCAAGACUCCCACCAUGUCUUGGACAUGACCUAUUUAUCGACGGGGUAGUUGAUAAUGAUCUAGCUUCCAUAAUCCGUGGCAUGAUUGGCAAAGGGUGGUUCACUGAAGAGGGACUGAACAUGAGGAUCAGAGGAUUUAAAUAUAAAGGAAGAGAUGCAAGAAAUAAGCCUGCCCCUUACAAGAUGACGAAGAAGAAGCUCGGUGGUCAUGCCAUCCAAAACUGGACUCUAUGCCGUCUUUUACCAUUUCUCAUAGGUGACUGGGUUAAAACUGAUCAUAAGCUUUGGAAGCUUUAUCUUUUGUUGAAGCGAACAAUUGAACUAGUAUGUGCCCCUGCAUUGACAGCUGAUCAGGUAGAGCUCAUGGGGGUGCGUAUUAAGAAGUACAUGAGAAAAAGAAAAAUACUGCCCAACAACUAUAAACCUAAGCAUCACUUUUUUUCCCACUAUAAGGAUUUAUUUCUGAAAUUUGGUCCUUUGAUUCACAUGUGGACAAUGGCCUUCGAACAUCGCCAUCAAUAUUUUAAACGAGUCAGUCAAAUUUGCAGGAAUUUCAUUAAUCUGAACAAGCUUUUAGCAAGAAAGUUUCAGCUGCUAAUGGCUUAUCAGAGUAUGGGACAGUUAUUUCCUGAUAGACCUGUAUUCAGUAACACUUCUCCUUUAGAAUAUGAAAAUGAAAACCAAGAACUAAAAGAUUUCCUCAUGAGUCUUAAUCUUCCAGAAGAAAGUGAAGUUGUUGAAAGCUUAGUGCUCAAUGAUAUUAAACACAAGCCUGGCGAAUUUCUUUUACUGAGUGGAACAGGUGGUGAUAUAAUUCUAGGUCAGGUUGAAAUGAUUAUUUUUGAUGGAAACACUUGUCGAGUUGUUGUUGAAAAAUACAAAACUUCAUGGUGGCAAGAGUAUAGCAUCUACUAUGUCCAGGAAUCCAUUGGUUUUGGAGUAGUUUUGUUUGAAGAACUUGAGAAUCCUUGUCCACACUCAAUAUAUGAGUUUAUGGAAUACUCUUGCUUUUCUCUAAGGCAUGAUAUGAAAGAUUAA